AUGAUCAUUCCAGUUAGAUGCUUCACAUGCGGAAAAGUUAUUGGUAAUUUGUGGCAACCAUGGUUGGUUUUGCUGCAGAAUAAUGUUCCUGAAGGGGAGGCGCUUGAUAAGCUUGGACUAAGAAGGUAUUGUUGUAGAAGAAUGAUUCUUACUCAUGCAGACUUGAUUGAAAAGCUUAUGGCAUAUAAUAUCCACGAGAGAAAAACUAUGAUGAAUUAA